AUUAUUUUAGCCCCCCUCCUCCCCUCCUGAACUGAUAAUGCACGCGCGAGCUCGAGGUCUCUCUUGUCGGUUAAUUUGCUCACAUCCGAAUUCAAUUCACUGCAUUAUCCGAUUUGUUGCACAAUCGCGCUACAUCAUUAGCCGCUGCUAAGCUAACGCGCAGUGUGGAUUACUGAAGCUUUGCUACUCGAGCCUGUAUGACUUAUUUUCCCAAUCGUUUUGUAAGGAGUCCCGCUCCUGCGCUGUGAUUGGCUAAUAAUUCGGACUCCUUACCAUUCUGAAGCGUGUACAGCGACUCUAGCCAAUCAGGGCGCAGAAGGCGGGAUGUCGCUAUCCAGUCAUAGCGCAGGUGUCGGAAUGCGGGUGGGACAAUAACAAGCGAGUGUUGGCUGAUACUGAUUUGGUAAUGAAACAUAAACAAGCUGUAAACAUGUUUUGGGGUUUAAGUACUGAGGUCCGUUUUAACGUGGCAGUAUGAGUUCAAAGGGGGGCGGUACAGCCCUGACCCGACGAAAUUAUCGCCUGGCAUCAGAUACAGACAAACCCAAAGCCACAGGUAUUGUGAAUGAGAAGUUGUUGAGUGACUACCUGCACCAAGUCUUUCCUGCUUCCAGUAAACAGGCUCCAGCAUCGGCGACCUACAGAAAACCCUUGACAUUCCAGGAUCUCGGCGCUCACCUGGAGAAGCUGCUGUCCGAGGAUGAGCCUGCUGAGGACAGCCCAGAUCACGCAGACGGGCGACUCGGACCCUCUACCGUUGUCCUGGACCACACCAGUGGAUUCGAAGGCCUCUUAUUUGUAGAUGAUGAUCUUUUAGGAGUCAUUGGCCAUAGCAAUUUCAGUUCAAUAAGGGCUGCAACCUGUGUAUUCAAAGGGAAAUGGAUGUACGAGGUGCUGAUCUCAUCGCAAGGUUUGAUGCAGAUAGGAUGGUGCACACUGAACUGCAGAUUCAACCAGGAGGAGGGAGUUGGAGAUACUCCGGACUCGUAUGCGUACGAUGGUAAUCGGGUCAGAAAGUGGAACGUGACAACCACCAACUAUGGCAAAUCAUGGGCUGCAGGGGACAUUGUUAGCUGCAUGAUAGACCUUGACGAAGGAACAAUUACUUUUUGUUUGAAUGGACAGUCCCUUGGUACGGCUUUCAGUAAUAUCAAAAUGGGUCCAGGGAUCGCCUACUUCCCCGCUAUCAGUCUUUCAUUCAAAGAGUCUGUGGCCUUUAACUUCGGCAGCCGCCCACUCAGGUAUCCUGUGGAAGGCUAUCAUCCCCUUCAGGACCCUCCAACUGCUGACCUCUUCAAAGCCAAGAGGCUGCUGGGAUACAUGAAGAAUGUGAUGUCUACUGGCAUAGACACACAGGAGGAGAAGCUCAUUGAGAGGGACAUGGUAUCCUGGCAGCUUCAAGGAGAGCCCACUGUCCUGGUCACGCUCGCACAUAUCUUCAAUUACUUUGCUCCUCUCAUGUGUAAAGUGUACCUGGUAGAAGACGUCCUGAUGAGCUUCCUGCUGGGUAUUCUGGAGGGCGGCGGCUCUGUGGAUGAACAUCCGCUAAUCCAGCAGCUGCUUGAGCUCUUCUGGUUGCUCAUGGAGGACUUUGAGGUUAACGAGUGCCUGAAGCAGUUGAUGAUGUCGUUGCUCAGGGCGUACCGUUUCUCACCCAUCAUCCCUGACCUUGGCUUCCAGAUUCACUAUCUGCGCUUGACAACUGCCAUUUUACGCCAUGAGAAGUCUAGAAAGUACCUCCUAAGCAAUGUAUUAUUCGACGUGCUGCGCUCCGUGGUGUUUUUCUACAUCAAGACUCCUCUAAGGGUGAAGGAGGCCGGUUUGGAGGAGCUCAUCCCCACCACAUGGUGGCCAACACACUUUGACAAAGAGGGUAAGGACGAAAAGGACCCGAGACAUGAGAGCGCGGAGGAGAGACUCAGACGGCGAGCAUACGAGCGAGGAUGUCAGAGACUCAAAAAGAGGAUUGAGGUGGUGGAGGAGCUGCAGGUUCAGAUCCUGAGGCUGAUGCUAAAUAACAAGGACAAAGGGACGGGCGAAGCUUCUCGAUACAUUUUCCUCAACAAAUUCCGCAAAUUCCUGCAGGAGAACGCAAGCAACCGUGGGAACCCGACGGUGUUGUGCCCUCCGGAGUACAUGGUGUGCUUCAUGCAUCGGCUCAUAACAGCAGUCAGGGGCUACUGGGACGAAGGAAAACGCAAGAGGCCAGGAGCCAUUAGCAGUGAAGACGCCUACGUCCCCCCACAGCUUUUCUACAACGGGAAGGUGGACUACUUUGACCUGCAGCGGCUCGGAGGACUGCUCUCUCAUCUCAAGAAAACGCUGAAAGACGACCUGGCGGCUAAAGCCAACAUCAUUAUCGACCCUGCGGAGAUCCAGGCUGCGUCUAUGGACGAUCUGGAUGAGGAUGAUGAAAGUGGAGCUGCUCAGAGGCCGUCUGGUGCAGCAGCGAUGGGCGGAGCUUUGGCCAGGCCGAGCUGGCUGAGUUCUCCCACUCUGGGCAGAGCCAAUCGUUUUCUCAGUACGGCCGCGGUCAGCCUCAUGACCCCACGGCGACCUUUGGCCCCCCCGGAAAAGGUCAAAGUGCGCACUCUGCCUGUGGAGCAGAGGACAGAAGAGGACAUCGAGGGAAGCCAUGGUAACGAUGGGCUGUUGCUGGGGCGACCGUUGGAAGAGCCCGAGCAGCCAAUCACGGAGAAGUCCCUGCUGGAGAUCCUGGAUGGAAUCGUGAUGAUGUACAACCUGAGCGUUCACCAGCAGCUGGGCAAGAUGGUGGUCGUGUCGGAUGACGUGCAUGAGUACGCCGUCGCCCUGAAAGACACAGAAGAGAAGAUAGCCCGAUGUCCAGGAAGAAGAGCAGACAUUCUGGAGGAGCUGCAAAAGAGCCAGAAGGUGUUUGCUGAGAAGCUCAACCACCUGAGCCGCAGGUUGGCCUGGAUCAACGCCACCAUUUACUCCAAGGAGAAGAUGCUGGAUAUCUACUGGCUCUUGCGUGUGUGCAUCUGCACUAUCGAGCACGCCGACGACACAGGCUCGUUGUUUGCCUUCACCCCCGAGUUCUACCUCAACGUGGCCAUGAAUAGCUACAGUGCGCUUAAGAACUACUUCAGCCCUUCCAACAGCAUGGAGGAGCUCCAAGGUUAUGAGGACACGCUCACUCAGCUCGCUGCUAUCCUCGCUAAGCACUUUGCAGACCCGCGCAUCGUGGGCACAGAUAUUAAAGAUUCACUGAUGCAGGCUUUGGCCAGCUACGUGUGCUACCCACAUUCUCUCAGAGCUGUGGAGAGGAUCUCUGAGGAGCAGCGGGUGGCUAUGAUGAGAAACCUGUUGGCGCCAUAUGAACAGCGACCGUGGGCUCAGACUAACUGGAUUCUCGUCCGCUUGUGGAGGGGUUGUGGGUUUGGCUACAGGUACACACGGCUGCCUCACCUGCUCAAAACCAAGCCCGAGGAUGCCAACCUGCCCAGCCUGCAGAAACCCUGUCCAUCACUUCUGCUCCAAAAGCAUAUGGCGGAGCUCCUGAAUCAGGACAAAGAGAUGGCUGCUAGCUUCCUCAACAGCGUCCUCAACCAGCUCAACUGGGCCUUCUCAGAGUUCAUUGGCAUGAUCCAGGAGAUCCAGCAGGCAGCAGAGCGUCCAGAGCGUAACUUUGUGGACACAAGGCAGCUGAAAGUGUGUGCCACAUGCUUCGACUUGUCUGUCAGUCUACUGCGUGUGCUGGAAAUGACCGUCACCCUGGUACCCGAGAUCUUCUUGGACUGGAGCCGACCCUCAGCCGAGCUUCUGCUCCGUCGCUUGGCUCAGCUCCUAAACCAGGUGCUGAACCGAGUGACUGCUGAGAGAAACCUUUUCGACCGCGUGGUCAACCUUCGGCUUCCAGGGCUGGAGAGCGUGGAUCAUUACCCCAUACUAGUUGCAGUUACGGGUAUUCUGGUGCGAGUCCUGGUCGACUCCGAGAGACAGGGGAUUGCUCAGGCUGCCUCGGUGCUGCUGUCAGACCCGUGUUUCCAGCUUCACUCCAUCCAGCACCUGCUGGGACGGGGAGAAGCCAGUGCUGGAGCAGAUCCCAAACACUUCUCGCUACACUCUUAUACAGACUACAUCACUGCAGAAGAAGCGCAGAAAGUGGAAAAGAUGCUGGCUUUCCUGACCGAAGAGUCCAAGCAGGCUGCAGCCACAACAGCACCCACCAGUGAAGACGACUUGUGUCCCAUCUGCUAUGCACACUCCAUAUCGGCCAUCUUCAAGCCUUGUUCCCAUAAAUCCUGCAAAGCCUGCAUCAAUCAACAUUUGAUGAAUAAUAAGGACUGUUUCUUCUGCAAGGCCACAAUCACUGGAGUGGAAGAUUACAGCAAACCUGUUGGCUCUUAGCAUGCCCUUUAGAUGCUCAAACACACACAAACAAAUACAUAUACACACAUACACGCAUGCACAUAUACACACACUGAAAUUCAGCAUCCCUUACCUCUCCAAAGACUGUUCAUCAACAUACUCUUAUGUACAUGCUGGACAACUAUACAGAACAGUAACACACUCAGCAUAUCAUUUAUUAACACUGGACUGUGACUUUAAGACACAGCACACUUGCCACGGCACGGUUUCAGCUUGUGCCAGCUGGUCGAAGUCUGGCUCUAAAUCAUAAAGCAUGGCCGGCUGACAGAGGGGUGAAUGGCGAGAGACAUUUUAUAAUCUCCUUCAUCUUUCUUCCCUCUGGUUACCACUGGCAACUGCAUUACAGCUGCAUCCAUAGGCCAUAGAUAUUGAUCAGGACCAAUGCAGGUGCUCGUCAGUGUCCCUCACAAGAUCACUCUCUGGUCUUAAAACAUUUUUAUAUUCAAAAAAUUGACAGCCAUAUUUGAAGUGGCAUUCAUUUUCCGUGAUUCUAGAGAGAGGUGUCUACACGACUGAUCACUUGAUUAACCUGUUCAUAACAGCUUUAUUAACAUUUUUAUAACGCGUUAAAGGAAUACUCAGAUGUUUUUUUUUUAAAAAUUAUAAUUUCUGUUCACUGUAUCGGGAGAAUAUGUGUGAUUAUAAUGGACAGUAAUUUCUAAAAGUUUUCAGGUACUGAGAAAAAAACAGACUUGAACCUAACAUGUAAUAGAAAUCAAAGGGGCAGUUGUUGAAGUUCAUCAGUAAAUGGUUAAAAUAUGUAAGUAUAUUUAACACAAAUUUUAAACUAACCAUUAAAGCAAAUAAUAAAGAUCUUAGAAUGUGACAUAAAUGAGAGAAUUAAUCCUGUGAUGUUAAAUCUGUGAUAUUUAACACUAUUUUUACUUUUUUUACAGCUCAAUCACAGUUGGAAAUAAGACAUUUUCCAUCUCAUGUCCAAUCUGUUGUAGAUAUUUAGAGCACACAUUACAAGCAAAAGAAAGAAUUCAAACAAAAUACAUAUUUUCCAUAAACGACAACUGCCCUUAGACUUCCAUUAUAAGUAAAUUUUAAGAAAUCUGGUGCUUCGUUGUUUUCUCAGUACGUGGAAAUUUGACGAAGUUAAGUUUCCUGGUAACUACACACACUAGAAAUAUUGUAGCUUGAGAUUUGGUUGAAAAACACCAGACUAUUCCUUUAAUCAUAUGUACUAUAUAGACAGAUCUGCAAUUUCAGGUUUCACUUAAGACAGAAUAUAUCAGUUGCACUCACUGGGUUUGUGAUAACACUUAAGAUAAUUCAGGUCAUUUGAACGUCUGAGCUACACAGUAUUAACGAACGUUUUCACGCUUAUAGUCUAUCCUUUUGCGGUGUAUGAUUAUGUCCUACCCAGGAUGAACCCUUCUGUUGUCUGUUCUUUCACACCUGUUUAUCAUAAGCUAAAUGUCAGACGUUAUCCCGAUCUCCAGGCACUGCUCUUUCUCUUUGCCCUCUGAGCAGGUGUGGUAUUGAGAAUGAGAAUGACAUCCUCUGUGCCUGUUCUACUCUUCUAGGAGUGUAUUGAGAACUAAAGGUGUAAUAUCGUAAAUUCUUCUUUUUCCUAAUUGUUUCCUAUUUGAUUUAUGUUUUCAUGUAGAACUUGAUCACAUUGAACUGACAGCAGUUGCUAUUUAAGGUUUCCCAUGCACACACACUUGCGUACACAGAGAUAAAAGUGUAUAUAAAGUUUGCCCUAAUUCUGAUACAACCCACUAACUAACUAUCCGUUGACUUUUCACACGUCCCUUUAAUGGAGAUUAGAGAAAUGCACUUUCAAGCAAAUACAUUUAUACUUGUCCUUUAUGCAGUUACAUAGAAAGGUGGUCAUCACUUUCCAGAUGCUCCUCACUGCAGAACGACAAUUCCAGUAUGUGAAAUCAGAUCUCGUCAAUUUCCAUUGAUCUCUAUUUGGAACAACCAAGAAUUGGCUAAUUUAACACAUUUUUGGAGACUGAUCUAGCUAAUCAACUUGGCUAAAAAUACCCCAGUUAACACCAACAGACAGACUCAUCCACAGAUCCACAUAAUGCCUGAUACCUUUUGUGCACUUAUCUGGCCACAAGCUUCAGAAUCUUUAAGGUUGCAAUCUGAUUGGCUCCCCAUACUUUUAUAUGCUGUAUACGUGCUUCCGUACACCAGUUUCUGACAGGAAACUUUCACAAACAUGUAAACAUUGAAAUGGUAGUUCAUAUUCUUGGAUAAAGAUUAAGGUACUUGAUUGAAAAGAAAUGUUGCAGCAUCGCAUCUUUAAGAGCUUAGUGACUAAAAGCAGCAGACUCUCCAGUGACAGGUAAACAUAUGUUACUCAAGCCUGCGAACAGGUAACUUGCUGAUUCAAGUUUCUAGCUAAAUUAACCAUAACUAUGUGACAUCCAAGUCCCCCAACUAGCCAACAUUUGAACUAAACACUAUUUAUGGAUGAAUAGCCUCUCUAAUGUUAGACACUAGCAAGUUAUCUAGCAAUGCUAACUACCAAGCAUGCUUGCUAGCAUUAAGGUAGCCAUUUUGUAGUCUAUGAAUAGAAAUUUCAGGAUUUCUAGUUAACAUUACCCUCUAAUAUGAGUGUGUUAUUAUUUUAUUUUGAUUGUUGGAAGAAAUGGGGUUGGCAGGUAUCAGAUUCCUUUCAGUUUAGUACUGUUCCUUUAACAGAUAUUUACUAGAAACUGGAUAGAGUUUGUUUCUCUGAUGCUUAAGUAAGCGAUAUGAAUAGAAUUAAGAGUCAGUAUUGUUGUUGACUGAUUGAGACAUAAACCCUCUAUGGAUUGGACUAGUUUUAUAUGGUGAGGUGGAGUAAUGUAAUUAUUACUGAAGUAUUAAUAGAUUUUAGCCCUGCCCAAUAUUCUAAUAUUUUGAGAUACUGGAUUUUUGAUUUCCAUGAGCUGUAAGCCGUAAGCCGUAAUCAUCAAGAUUAAAACCAAAAAGGCUUGAUAUAUUUAAAUUUAUGUUUAAUGAAUCUCAAAUAUAUGGAAGUUUCACUUUUUGAAUUAAAUUACAGAAAAAAAAAACCUUUCCCCGAUAUUCGAAUUUUUUGAGAUGCACCCGUAUAUGGAAAAAGAGGGUUUGCGCUGUUUCUUCAGUAUAAACUCCAGGAAGCAUUUUUAUUAUCAUUUCAAAAAUGAAACCAAGUAUUAGCCUACUUUUGAAUGCAAAACAAUAAAAUAUGGAUGAAUUUUCUAAAGUGAUACUUCUGGGUUUCAGGUAACUGAGUUCCUAGUACAGGUCUGGCCAACAUACAUAUUAAGGGCAUGUGACUAAUAAUCCAGCUUUCUCCAAACUAUGUAGCUUUUCUUGGAGUGUUAAAGUGCACUCACUGGACCUCUGCAGCAAUGACCAUCUCACACUUUCUCGUAGACAGUGGAGGUAAGGGGACACAUGAUGCACUUGUUUUGGGACUUUGUGAUUGAUUGUUUCAACUCUCCAAAGAUUAAAUGUAGUUGUCGAAGUAUGGUACAAUUGAAUCUUCAUCUCAUCCUAACGUUGGUAAAUCAUGUGACUUGUUUUGUGGACAUGGAGUUCAGCAGACGUAAUUAUUGGCAACUUGCUUUCAUACAUAUUUUGACAACUGCGAUUCAUAUUUGGACUGUUGAAGUAUUUCUCACUAACGGGGGGGUGCAUGUUAUGCAUUUGGGAACCCCAUGUCUUAGCUCUUACUUAAAGUAUGUGGACGUGUGAGCAUGGGCGGACAUGCGCUUUUGUGUUCUCAAAUAUAAUUUAAUUGUAAAAAGGGUUCCUGCUCUCAGGCUUCAGUUUCAGUCAGCCAAGGGGUUUUAGGUUGUACAAGCAAUAUUUAAUGGACUGUUGUUUUUAUUUUGCUGUUUGGAAAAAGUGGAGAGCAUGGACUACGUCCACUUUUGUUUCUCCUGAGUGAGAGUACACAUAUAUAUUGAUUGUGUAACAACAUUAAAUUAUUUAUCCAAACA